AUGGGAAGACUUGAGGGAAAGAACGUAUUGAUUACAGGCGCAUCAGCUGGUAUUGGCGAGGCGUGUGCACGCGAGUUUGCAAAAGAAGGAUCGAACGUGAUCGUUGCUGCUCGUCGUGUGGAGCGUCUUGAGAAUUUGAAAAAGGAGCUUGAAGCCAAACAUCCAUCCAUUAAGGUGACGGCUAUCCAACUCGACAUGCGAGACGUACAACAAAUCCGAUCCGUUGUUGCCCAACUUCCACCAGUAGAUGUGUUGGUAAACAAUGCUGGCAUGGUGCUUGGUAGAGAUCCGGUAGCCGAAGUAGCCGAGGAUGCCUUUGAUACGAUGUUCAACACCAAUGUUAAGGGCCUUGUCUUCCUCACACAAGCGAUUAUUCCCAGCAUGAAGGAACGUGAAACAGGACAUAUUAUCAACCUUGGUUCAAUUGCUGGCAAGCAAGCAUACCCAGGUGGAAGCAUUUAUUGUGCUACCAAGCAUGCUGUUGAUGCGAUUACCACCUCGUUGAGAUUUGAGCUCGUUGAUACACCUAUUCGUGUCAGCCAAAUUUGCCCAGGACUUGUCAACACUGAAUUUUCCACUGUGCGUUUCUAUGGUGAUAAGGAAAAGGCUGAUAGCGUAUACAAGGGCAUGCAGCCAUUGGUUGCUCAAGACAUUGCUGAGAUCGUCGUGUUUACUGCUGGUCGCCCACCACAUGUCAACAUUGCGGAUUCCCUUGUAUUCCCCACCGCACAAGCUGAUGCCACCACCGUUCAUCGUAUCGCAUAA